UGUGUACUGCCGCGGUUUCCACAGCAGAUGCAGCUGCCCUGCCACUUUGGACUGUGCAUCUGUCACUAAGAUGCUAUUUUGGGGACGUGUUAUUAAAAAGGUCAGAUAAAGAAGCAAAGGCGUCCUCUCAAAGCAGAAGGAGAGCGUGUCGGGUGAAUGGAUCAGAGAGACAACAGAGUGAGGACGAGAGUGCAGAACUGCAUUGAACAGGCUUGUUGAAAAAUCGGAUUUAACUCCUGUUGUCAUGGAUAGAGACGCAGUGAACCAGGAGACACCGGAGUCUUCAGAGGGGACAAGCCAGGCUGACUCAAGCGACAGCAAGCAGACAGAUGAACGGCAGCUUGUGCACAGUAACGACCCAGAAGGCGGGACUCCAGAGGCAUGCGCGGCUGAAGGUCAGGGGCUAACGGCUGAGGUGGGGAAGGAUCCACCGCCACAAGUGAGGAGUGAGGAGGCUGCGGACACACACCCACUCCGGACAACUGCUUCAAAGUCAGCUGAAUGUGACAUAGAAGGCAAUGAACAAGACCACCAGAAGGAUCCUGAAGAGAAAGAGAAGGGGGAAGAUAGGGAAGAGCUCAAAAAUGGAGAUCUAGGUGUGGUGAAGGGUGAGAGCAAAGAUAUAGUUGAAGAAAAGGUAAGUGAAAACAAAAGUGUUGAUAAAAACCCUAAAAAGGUGGAGGAGGAGAAAAAACAAGUUAAAGAUCAAAUGAAAGAUAAAGAAGCGGUAAAAGAGGGAGAAAAACAAGGGAAGGCCAAAAGAAACCCAAGAGCAACACCUCACGCUCCAUCCCGUCCGAGGCCCUCGGCUCGCUCUGCCCGAGCAUCUAAAAAGAGCGACAUCAUCGCCAAGUUCCAACAGGGUGCACCAGAGACGCCGAUCCCACGCAACUUCAAAAUUCAAAAGUCAUCCACUGCUUCGGCCACAGGGGCCUCCAUCAAACAGAGGAUGCUGCAGUGGUGCCGCAGCAAAACUCAACACUAUCAGGGCGUCAACAUAGAAAACUUCUCCUCGUCUUGGUGUGACGGGAUGGCUUUCUGUGCGUUGAUCCAUCGCUUCUUCCCCGAGGCUUUCGACUACAGCACCUUAAAAGGCACUGAAAGGGAAAAGAACUUCACACUGGCCUUCCAAACUGCAGACUUUCAUCCAUCCAGAUAUCUACAGUAUCCAUCCUGCCAUCUAUCAUCUACGUCACUGGCCGACUGCUGGCCACUGCUGGAAGUGUCUGACAUGCUCAUGAUGGGCAACAACCCGGACCCCAUGUGUGUGUUCACCUAUGUCCAGUCCUUGUGUCACAGUCUCUCCAAACUUGAGAAAGAGGAGAAGGCCAAAGAGGGCAAUAAGAAGGAUGAGGAUGCCGCUAAAGAGCUGUCAGCGGACAAGGAUGAGGCCGAGCCUGCUCAGAGCGGGCCACUGAUACGUGGCCAGGAGGAGAAAGGUAGCGACAGCUCAGAAGCAACUGGAAAGGAAGAAGAGACCCCAAAGAGCUGCGAAACGGAGGGAGAUGGAAGAGUUUUUGUGGAGGCAGAGUCCUAGGAAAGAAAUGACCCCCCAAUAUAUAUAUAUAUAUAUAUAUAUAUAUAUAUAUAUCAUUGGAGCACUGAAUUGAGAAUAGUCUUAGUUGGUGUUUUUGACAUGCUCUUAUGUCAGCUGUGUCAUGUAUAUUUUUGUAAAAGCUGCUUUUGUUUUCGUGCACAUGAAGUAGCAAACUUUCAUUUCUAAUUGUUGUGUAUACUGAGAAAGUUACGGAGACCCUAAAGGGACAUUUCUCAAACGAGAAACUUUCUCCUUAUAAUGAGAAGCUUUCUCAUUUGAAUGAGAAACGUCUACUUGUGGGUGCAAGCUUACUUACCUGCUAGCGGUAGCUUCCUGCGUUCGGGUAGCCGUACGGUAGCUUAUUUACAACUUGCUUCCAGCGCAUGUCAGCUGAGAGUGGCAACAGAAGAGGACUUGCUCUCUUUCCUCAAAACAAGGAAUAUACAUGAUCGUGUCAUCGACCAACUAAAAGAAGAUAAGGUGUGUAUAAAUGUAAACUUUCAUCACACGAAUAUAGCAGUACAGGCUAUAGAUAGCCAUGUUUGC